AUGACGAUCUCCGCCUACCGCUGCACCGUGCGGCUUCGACGCUGGCUUCACCUCCGCAGCACUAGGUCCUCGAGCUCCCCGGACCCAGCUCGGAAGGACCAUGACGACUCCUUCAAAGGCCACCGUGCCUACCGCGAAGCCUUCGAGUUUAACGGUGGUGACACCUUCACGUCGCGCCUUCAGCGCCGACCCACCAUCAAAAAGCUCGGCGAGACCAUCCCGAUUAGGGCACUCGAUUUGCGCCGCGCGACCAUCUUCACACCCGGGAGAAGCCGGCGGCGGAGUCUUCGGGAGCAGCGCGAGACCCCUCGGGACAUAUUACGUGCCCUGGGCCAGAUGCUCGCUCCCAAGUCGAACGCCAUUGCGUCAUCGUCGCCGCCGGUGGAUGAAAAGAGAUCAUCCCUCGCCAAAGUGUAUGAGGAAGAUGAGGAUGAUGAUUUACCGAUUGAUGCCCCGCGACUUUCUCUCCCGAUCGAUGUAGACGAUGAUUCGGACCUGCGCCCUCCUCGGUUAUCUGGCUUGGAGGAAGAGAACUACACGAUGCAGUCUAUUGAAUACCCGCGGAGAGCUAUUGAUGAGACUGAGGAGCGACGAAACACGUUGGCUCUCAACCGUGAGAGUGGAGUUGGUCUUGACCCGAUUCCCGAUGUGAACGAGAGCACAUUCAUGAUGAACUUGGAAGCAACACAUAACGAGGACCUCUCUGUGCCUCCGCUUGAAGCAGACGAUGAUCCGCCGAGCGACUUCCAGAACGAGCCAUUUCUCUAUGAACAGGAUGACCACGAUGAUGAGGAGCUAGUCGAGUAUAUGAGGGCUGGGGAUGAUCAGGAACCCGUGAACGAUGAAGAUGAGGGAAGUGUGCAAGAAGAGACUGUGGAUGGCACGAUGCUCAAUCUUUCGUCGCGGAAACGGAAAGGAGGUCCUAAAAUAUCGCAACACGGGAUCGAAUAUCCCUCUUUGCCUCCCGCGGUGAUUAAACGUCUGGCGCAGACCUUUGCCCAGACAAGUGGAGUGGCGAACGCCAAAAUAACCCCGGAUACUCUGGAUGCCUUGUCACAAGCUUCGGAUUGGUUCUUUGAGCAACUGGGAGAUUCUCUCCAAGCUUAUGCAAAGCAUGCUGGGCGCAAGACGAUUGAUGAGAGCGAUGUCAUUGCACUGAUGAGAAGUCCAAUGCAGGUCCCAGUACCCACCAAGAAACGACGAACCAAGGCCCCCGACCAUGUCGAGGGAGAGGAGUGA